UUCUGCAAAAUGGAAGAUUAAGGAAGUCAGAGGUAAUGUAAAUUUCUGCAGUUAAACAAGAAGAGCAACUACGUUUCACUAGUGAAAAACAAUCACAUAUAUUUUUAAAUCUUUAUUUUUUCUUCACCAUUUUCAUUCCAUUUCCCAGAACUGACAGCAGGACGGGUCUGAAACCACACCCCCAAUAUGCUAUCGGAAUUUGAAAUCCUGCACACUUGGGACAGCAGUCCUGUAAAUCAUGACCCUAUUAGGAUCGUCUUCUCUCCUGGUGUUGAAGGGCUUAAAAUGCAGGUUUCUUCUCCGUUCUUCAAUGACCCAAAAGCCCCAACAGGACCACCUGGACAGCCCUUCCCUGGGCUCUGGGAUUAUGAAGUUGUGGAGUCCUUCUUUCUUGAUAGUACUACAGACAAUUACUUAGAGGUGGAGGUUUGUCCACAUGGUCAGCACUUGAUAUUACUGCUGUCUGGGGUCCGCCAAGCAUUCCAGCAACAACUACCGAUGGUUUUUAAUGCUACAAUAGCUGGAGACAGAUGGACGGGUGAGGCUCUACUUCCCUGGAUUUACUUUCCCCCAAAUGUCAACAAGAUGAACACUUACGCCAUUCAUGGCUCUGGAGAGAAGCGCACCUAUGAAGCACUCUACCCAAUUCCCGAAGAUGAGAUAAUCGAGGAACAAAAGCCAAACUUCUGCUGUUGAAGAGACUGGAGCUGUUGGGUCAUCUCAUUCACUUUGGCGAUGGCUGUUCUCAGAUCAGUUUUGGUUGUUCUGUGACACACAAUAUACUUGACCGACCUUAUUUGGUGACUACUUUUUUUUUUUUUUUUAAUGCUUGUUUACAUAUGUUUAUGUGACUUUUGGUUCUCGCUGGGUCUCUGUCCAGGUCAGAGAAUGAGACCAUUUUGAUUUACACAUUCUUGUAGGUGUGGCUAAAUUCACUGUUAUCAUCACUCAGCAUAAAUUCUUGCAACUCAAGUCAUAAGUAGCUGUGAAAAUGUGAAACUUUGUCAGGAAAAAGAACAAGAAACAGAUAUUGUUUAUUAUAGAUAUGUUGCCUUCAGAAGUGAAACAGUAAUUGUCAACCUAUUCUCUUGCUUGUUCUCAUUAUGUUUGCAAGUGCCCUGUGGCCUUUUCACAGCAGACUCCGGAUGAGAGGCAGGGACCAGAACUAUUUGCCAACCAAUGUCGGAGCAACAAUAAUGAAUGCAGACAAAAGUGCUGUCUGGUUCCAAAAUACUUGCUGCAAUAGCUCUUGUGUAUCAAACCUUUACUUACCUGAGCUGGUUUUGUAAAUCCUCCAUCUCUGUGCUGUGUCCCGUCAUUGUCUUUGAGAAAUUACAGUUUGCCUAAAAGACAAGAUUGCUAUUAGUGUGGCAUAAUUUGAAACACCCCUCAAUUUCCUGUGUUGUAUAUUUAGUUUCUGGGGUGGGAGGGGGACUUCUCCCAACUGACCCUGGGAGAGUGUUAUAACGAGAAGCUAUUUUUAAAUCAACUUUGACAUGACAGCGCUACUGAUCACCCUUGCUCCCAGUUUCACAGACAAAUUAAGAUGGGAACCAAUGUUUUUGCCACCUGUCAACAAAAAAAAAAACAUGUUUUCUCUGAAAAAAUGACCCCUCACCCAUCAUAAACCUUGUCUAAAACCACCACCAAUUUGAAUCAGGCAACAUACUAUUUCUAUAUGUUGUUCUGUUCAGUCAGUCACAUAUUACCUCCAAAUUCAGUAUUUUAUUUGUCCCAUGGUGUUCAUAUGAGAGCUGUGGAAGUUCAAUAUUCACAUGUUAGAUAUUAACCUUUAAAGAAAUGCUUGUGGUUUUAUUCCAGAAUAAGAGAGACAACACUAACAAUAGUGACUAAGAGUAAUAAAAUGUGAACUCUUUCGUGAGGAUACCUAACUGACAAAUGUAAAAGUCCUAUUAGAAAGAGCAUCUUUCAAUUGUGGACUCUACCAGGGUCAUUUGUCAAACAAUUAUUGCACCAAAACUGCAUUUUAAGAAGGAAAUACCUGUAGCUGUUGUCCAGUCACAUCAGCAUUGAGUCCAUUAGUGACUAUUUUAUCGUAGAACUCUUGUAGCCGGUCAAGCUCCUGCGAUGCUGUUUGCCACAAGUCUGUUACCUGCAUCCACUCCUAAUCAAACGCAAAUAAAUAAAUAAAUAAAUAAAUAGAUAAACUGAUACACUUCUAUUCAUACAAGUAGAUGUGAAAGAGCAGAACAUAUUUUACAACCCACAGCCCAGAUGAUAGUUUCAACAUAAAUAAUAAAUUGUGGAUAGGCAUGUGCCGGUAUGAGAUUUUGACGGUACGAUAACCGUGAGCAAAAAUACCGCGGUUUCACGGUAUCACGGUAUUGCAAUUAUAGCUCCAAAAUGUGUUAUUUUGAGAUGUAUGGGUUAAAAAAAAAAAAAAACUUCUUUCCAUUGAACAGGGUUUUUUUUUUAGAACAUAGCUGCAAAUUGGAAUAUGAAUGUAUUGUUAAAAUAUAUGAAUUAUCAAUAAAAAAAAAAACAAAUUUUAAAUAAAAUUAGAAUAUAACGUAGACUAUACCCACAGCCACAGCUCAAGUUGCUCAAGUUUAGAGCAAGAACAAAAUAAUUUCUAUAAAAAAAGUAAAAGCUCUUUUGAAUAAAAUUUUUAAAAAUUUAUACUGCAUAAUUUUUUUUGAGGAUUGAAAAGCUCAAGUGAAGUUUCGCCAUUUUCAGCCACUGUGUCAACUCUAGUCUACAUGAUGUCAUGCCUUUGUGUUAGAAAGAACAAAGAAUUCAAAAGUUAAUAAGUUAGUUAAAAAUGUAUAAGUUAGUUAAAAUGUAAAUAUUGUUGUGGAAAGGUUUCAUCUUAAAAAAAAAAAAUAAUAAUAAUAACUGGGAGUGAGACCUCUCCUUGAUCCAGCAAACGUGGAUUUGUGCUUAGGGCAAGAUAAUCUUUCCUCAAUUAACGAUCUUUGAUGCUAUGCCUUUUUUUCCCCUUCAUUCAAGAGAAUCAUGCUUGUUUUCUCACUCUGCGGCUGUAACACUCGACGAAGUUGCUCUCCCAGCUAAGCCUAGGCUAACAUUCGUCUUUUAUAAGCUUUUAGUUAGUUUGUAAAUCGAAUUUCAAAGGAAAAUAUGUGUUUUGUUUUUGGCGAACUCAUAGUGCUAAUCUGUUUAGCUACUCACACAUGGAAAAAUACAAUUGUACAACGUUUUAAAUGUAUUCAUUCUGUAUAUUUCACUUACCACGAUUUGAGAGCUCAAUAAAUUGAAGAAAAGAACGCCUUAUGUUUGGAGUAUUUGUUUAGGGUUCGCUGGCUGUUUAGCCGAUAAUCACUUUCACACGCAACAACAAACGGGAGGGGGUGAGCGCUGCCGCGCCACGCCACUUCUGGCUGGAUUUUUGACACAUGAAAAAUGGCGAAUACCUUACUACGGUCUGACGGAAAAUUUUAGUGGUUUUGAAACCGCGACGUUUUCACACCACGGUAAACCGUGAAACCGGUAACCGGCACAUGUCUAAUUGUGGAUGAUUAGAAACUAGAGGCUAUAUACUGUAAUGUCUCUCUUUGUAAUCUAAGAGAAAAAUCACAAUUGAAGACAUGUAAACCUGCUUAAAAUGUUGGACUUGAGUCUCAUAGUUAUCAAUAAUUUCAUUUUCCUCAACAGUGGUACUAUCAACUCCUGAAGUCAAUGACAGCAAUUGAAGCUGAUUUGGCUCUACCAGCUCUCUGUGCAACCUGCAAAGAAAGGGAAACGUUUAUAAACUGUAUUUUUUUUUUUUUUCUGAAUUUUAUCCCUGUGGCUUAUUUAUGGAUUACAGAUCAAAGCAGCAUAUAUCCAUCCAUCCAUCCAUCCAUCCAUCCACUUUUUUUUUUUUUUUUAACCAUAGAUGCAUGUUGUUGGUAAUUUGCAUCAUACAUAAAAUAAAUACCUUUGCAUGUAUUUUUUUCUUAUUUUAUUUUAUUGUGUAUUC